AUGAGUGAAUAUGAGGAAAUAGAAACAUGUGUGGAGUGCUCAGCGAAAACGAUGAAAAAUAUUAGCGAAAUAUUUUAUUAUGCUCAAAUGGCGGUGAUUUAUCCCACUCAUCAGCUUUACAUAUCAGAAGAUCGCGAAUUGAGCAGAAAAUGUAAAAAGGCUUUGGUACGAAUUUUCAAGUUAUGCGACUUUGAUAAUGACGGGCUUCUGAACAACACUGAAUUGAACCAGUUUCAGCUGCUCAUUUUUGGAGUGCCUCUUACCGCUAUUGCUAUUUCUGAGCUGAAGGAGAUUUUGCAAGCAAGUAUGAGGGGCGGUGUUAUCAAUGAUGGCAUCACACUAUCAGGCUUCAUCUACCUCCACAAGCUUUUCAUUCAUCGUGGCCGGCAUGAAACAUUAUGGAAAGCACUGAGGCGUUUUGGAUAUGACAACGAGCUGGAGCUUGCCGCUGAUUUUAUACAACCCGCAUUGAAAGUGCCGAAAGGCAGCUCAACGGAAUUAACUGACGAAGGGAUCCGCUUCAUCACUUCUUUGUUCGAAAAAUAUGAUGAGGAUAAAGAUGGCUGCUUAUCACCAUCCGAGCUGCACAAUCUUUUCAGUGUUUGCUCACCUUUGAAGUGGAAUAAGGAAGUGACUUCUGCAGUCGAAACGAAUGCAAAAGGAUGGAUCACCUAUGAUGGAUAUCUGGCUUACUGGAUAAUGAUGACAUUCCUGAACGUUUCGUUAACAAUGGAAUUGUUGGCAUAUCUCGGUUUCAACAUGCACCACGAAUCGCAACUGGAUGCUAUCAAAGUAACACGUAAGCGUCGAAUUGAUAUUGCUGAGAAAUCGACUGCAAGAACGGUUUUUCAAUGCCAUGUGAUUGGCCGCAAGGGUGCCGGUAAAACGGUCUUCAUGCAGUCAUUUGCAGGUCGCAACGUUCAGGACGUGGCAGCAAUUGAGCAGAGCAGGAAGACCAUAUCAUCUUAUGUUCUAAACCAAGUGAAAAUAAAGGGCAGAACAAUGUAUCUCCUGGUAAAUUUUUCUUUUUUUUUAUUUGAAGAUGGAUUCAUUUUGAAUUUUAUAGUUAUAGCGUGA